AUGGCCGAGUUCCGAUUCGAAGAUUUUCGGAUGACGAUUGGAUUCGUGAAUCAUGAGCGAGCUCCCUUUGCUUCUGCCACUAUCACAUACAUUGUCGUCGAUUCCGUUCGCACGAUUAGUAUCGCUAGCAAACGUGGGCAUGCGCACAUCAGCGAGGUCGCUCGCACGACUUGUCGGCCGCGACAAUGCUACGAGUCGAUGCAGAGCGAAUGCGACCGCGACGGUGGCGAAACCUGCCAUUGUACAACGCGGAUGUUUUGCAACGGUAGCGGCGCAAGCAGCCGACUCGAAGGGCAAGGCAAAGCAGGAGGCGCAGGAACAAGGACAUGCUGUACUGCAAGCAAAGCGAGGCGUUCCGUUGACCGUGGCGUGGUGUCGAUCCGGUCUUCAGCAGCAAUCAUCAUCGUGGGCUCAACGCAGCGGAACGACAGUUGA